UGUGUGUGUGUGUGUGUUUGUGUAUAGCAGACCACUAUACAGGUUUUUCUUAAACUGAAGUUAGUUUGAGCUGAGAUUAAAGGACUAAGAUUUGAUGUGGCUUCUUGUCUAAUACAGAAAGAAAAAGGAGCCAUGUACUCACAUGGAUUGUGUUUUUAGUGUUGUUCAAACAAUCACAUUCGACCACAUCCUGUUUCCUCUUCUCUGACUUUAAUAAGUUCCAGUGAAAGUAAGGCUAUUGUCAGUGGAGCAGCAGAACUCUUGCUGACACCACACUCAUCACCAUGGCGCUGCACAAUACCUGGGUGGUCCUGAUGCUGGUCCUUAGCCUUCGUGGUCAAGUUCAAACAGGGAAAAUCUUUGGGGGACGCAAAGCUGUCCCUCAUAGCAGACCCUACAUGGUGCUUUUGGAAUUGAAAACUUUCCAGGGAACCACCAUAUAUUGUGACGGCUUCCUGAUCAGCAAUCAGUUUGUGGUGACAGCUGCUCACUGCCAGGCCCGUACCUAUGACGUCUUUGUAGGUCUUCAUAAGUCCGACAAUUAUCCACCUCCGAAGGCCAUUCAAGUGAGUCGAGCAAUUCCGCAUGAGGACUACAAUAAUAAAACAAAAAUUAACGACUUGAUGUUGCUGCAGUUAUGUGAGAAGGUAAACUUCACAGAGCAUGUCAGACCGAUUAAUUUAGCACACCGAGGUGAUCAUCUGCCUCAACGCUGUAUAGUCUCGGGCUGGGGAUCUACUAGUGAAGAGAAUCAGGAAAUAGCCAGCGAGCUGAGGGAAGUUAAUGUUACCCUUGUGAAUAGUACACUCUCUGCUGAGCGCCAUGCGUACUUCUCCCGUGGAGAAAUCGGACCUUCACGAGGAGACUCUGGCGGUCCACUUGUUUGUGAAUGUGAAGUGGCAUACGGUGUUGUGUCAUGCGGAACACAGGACUUAAAAGUGUACACCAAAAUCCCAGACUAUCUUGAUUGGAUUGAACGCCACAUAAGGAAAAAGUGACUCCAGAAUGUCAUCGUUAAUUUGCUCGUGCUUUGUGAACUAUGUUGAUGAAUAAAUCGCUGUUCCACACA